AUUUAUCGACCCCGAAAGGAUGAAAAGCAAAGUCGACCUCGGCAGAAUUUGAACUCAGAAUGUUACGGCAGACGAAUUACAGCUACGCAUUUUGUCCGGCGUGCUAACGAUUCUGCUAGCUUGCUGAACACCUCUAACUGCAAAGCCAGGCGCCUUUAGCUUGUUUAAUAAGUGGAAAAGGAAAGAGAAAUGCGUGGAGAUGUCUACUACAUCAGAACCACCGCAGCUACAGCUAAUAACUACAAUUACGACCGAUAUUGAAAGGAGAGUAAGGAGCGUUUCUUACAUGACACCUCAAUUUAGGGGACGAUUUACCAUAAGGGAUAUUAAAAAAACAAAAUGAUAAGCUGUUGUGAUGUCCAUGCUGCUUUUAAAAGAAUAAAAUGUAAAAAUAAUAAUAAUAAUAAUAGCAAUAAUAACAACAAUAAUAAUAAUGAUGAUGAUGAUGAUGAUGAUGAUGAUAGUAAUAAUGAUGAUAAAAAUGACAAAUACAGCAGCAGCAGCAGUACUAACAAGAUCUGGACCCUGAAACCCCUUGGUUGGAUACAGGGGGUUUCUCUCAUUCUGCUUUUAAUGGCCCAGGUGGGAUCGACAGGAAAUUGUGACAACCUUCUUCGGAGAUUUACUCCAUACCCUUGUCGGCAAAUUAAACGCAGCAAAGAAGACCUGACAUUCAACUGCACAGUUCUCAUCAAACCUUACUGUAAUAAUUCUGAAAAACAGAAGAAACCCCAAGAAUUUCCAGAAUCUAACCUAAAACUCGGAGGCAUCAAUAUUUAUGAUUAUGAAUUUAAUCCUGAAAUUUAUGACAGUUCCUUAUACCCAGCCCUCAACUUAACCAUUUCCCUACCAAAAGGAGAAGCACUACUGCAUACGAACGGUAUCCGUCUUGACAUAUGGAGCUUUGCCAAUGGUUCACGAUACAAUUAUCCAGGAAUUUGCCGUUAUUUGCAAUUUUCAAACGUUCAGUUCAAGCCUGACAGUAAGCUGGCCUUACUGAAUCACAAUUGCUUCUGGAUAUCCCGGAGUAGAGUAAAUAUGACAUACUUCAUAAAAUUAUCUCUCUACCCAAGCACUCAGGAAAUUGUCUACGAUGCAAAGAUUGUGGAUGAAAAGACAAUCCUGGCUACUGCUGCCAUAUUUCCUUUGGGAACAAUCCAUGCAAUUCUUGGAAUCGGUCCAACUUCAAAAGAAUUUCCGAAACAGUUCAAGCUGACCAAUUUGGACUCAUUAAAGAACUUGACCAUAAACACAACACAGAACUCAGUCUUAUUCAGCCAACUUGAUUUUGGAAAAUAUCAAAUAACUAUCUCUUCGAAUAAGAUUAAUUCCAAAGAUGGUUUUCUUUCUGCUGUUAUUUACAUCAAAAGACCCCCUGAAAAAUUCUCUUCUCAAAUCAUCCUGCUGUCACUGCUGCUACUGAUAAUAAUUAUGGUGUUCGUAAUCUGUCUUCUCUUAAUGAACCGUAUCAAAUCCUUGUGUGUAGGUCGAAAGACACCAGGCACUGUACUCUUAGUGACUUUUCACCAAAAUUCCCAUGAUGAACAAGUUACCAACGUAUUGAAAAAAGUUUUUGAAAAGAACUUCAAAUGGGUUGUAGAAACUCUUGAUGCAAACGAACUCUCCUGCCUGGAUUAUUAUUCCACUUCCCAAAUCCAAACCAUUUUCUUUAUCAUGCCAUCUCAUUGGAAAUGCAUUGCAGAUUCUAGAGAAAUGACAGCGAUAUUUUUCCAAAAUAUUUUAUUUAUGAAUUCUUCUCUGCCGGCAGCCGUUAUCUGCCAACAGAGUAAGACGGAUAUACCGAAAUGCUUACAAGAACUACCGAAAUUUCAUAUCAUAGAAGACAUUAUGGAAAUAUUUGAGUAUGUGGGUGAAACAUAUGAUGUACAUAGCAAAGGUUUAUCUCUUCUCAAACUCAUUUUCUCGCCUGUUCGUCAACACCAAAUUUACAAAUGUCCCUCUUGGAAAAAACUGAAAGAAUCCAUCGAAGGAUUGCCAGACUCUGAAUCUUUGCGUGAAGACAAAGUCCCUCGGUUCUCUAGCGGCCCCUAUUUAGGGUAUCAGUGGCUUUCAUCAUCACUUUAAUGCUAACUUUUCCAUGUUUGUAGGGGAGGACAGAGUUUACAUAAGAUGGAUUUUUUUUUUUAUAUGGCAGGAGACCCUUCCUGUUGCUAACCCAUGUCUGUUGCCAGGCAACGUAAUCAUUUCUCCCAUGGCCAGACAUGAAAGACUGGAGACAAAGGACACCACUUGCAGGGUGGUUACACUCGUUUACGACUAUUUUACUAUGUCGAGGCAAGGAGACAAUAUCACACACUGCCCCACCCUCUGAUCUUUAAAUGUUUUCAAUGACGGAGAUUCCGAAUCAUCAUCAUCAUCAUUUAACGUCCAUUGUACAUUUAAGUGUAGGUAUAUGCAUUUAUGUAUAUUUAUGUAUAUGUAAAAGUAUGUAUAUAUGUGUGUAUAUUUAUAUUUAUAACUUAACCUUAUGUACUUUCUAAAAUCUCUGAUGAAGCCUAGAGAAACAUCCAAUUACCUCAAUUUCAUCUACUAAUUACUUCAGUCCACUGGAAGGAUAAAGGUAAAAUGAGGCAUCUUUGCCUCUUGCCUGAAACAGCUGUAAGAUAUUAUGCCAUUUUCUAUUGCUCUAUGUUAUAUAUAUUUUGAUAAUUACUGAUAUUUUUAU